AUGGCUCGAACUCGUAGAGCACCGUUACGUACCGAGGCAGAAAUCACCCGCGACGCCAUUGCUGAGUUUCAAGCCCAGAUGGCCAUGAUCACCACCGCCCUCCAAGCACUUAAUGUUCAACGAGCACCACCACCCCCAGCUCGCAACAACGUUGAACGUGAUAACGACGAGGAAGAAGAUGAAGACGAUGAAGCAGACCCGUUCGUCGCAGCAGUUGAUGCUAACCCCUUUGCUACUCUUCGCAACAACCGAGCUAUUGCUCAAGAAAACGCUCAAGUUGCAGCAGCCGAUACUCAGUGGACAACAGGAUUCAAAACCGAGAUACCAGAGUUCCAUGAAAAUAUAUCAGCCGAAGAACUACUUGAUUGGAUAGUUACGGUUGAGGAAAUUCUCGAGUUUAAAAGAGCCCCAUUGGAGCGAUGUGUUCCUCUUCUAACCAUGCGCUUUCGUGGACGUGCCGCAGCAUGGUGGACCCAAUUAAAGACAGCUCGAGCUCAUCUCGGUAAACCUAAAAUUCUAUCGUGGGAUAAACUCAAGUCGAAACUCAAGAAGACGUUCCUUCCCUUUAACUAUGACCAGAUGAUGUUCCAACGUCUCCAUACCAUACGUCAAGGAACCCGUUAUGUGGAUGAGUACUCUACAGAAUUUUCUUGCUACUCAAUCGUGUGGAUUUGCAAGACUCAGAACGACAACUACGCCCGUCCGUCACGAUCGACUCAACCUCAGACACCAGUGACAGACGAUGCAGGACCUGUCAAACCAGAAACAGCCAUUGUUCCUGUUCUUGACAAUCGUCCACUACGUCUGAACUCACUUCGUUGUUUCUCUUGUGGUGAAAUUGGUCAUCACCAGUCUAACUUCCCAACACGAAACCGUCGCUGCCUUCUCCUUGAUACAUCUGGCAAUGACGUCGAAGUGAUCUAUGAUGAAGAGCCCACAUAUGAGCAACAAGAUACUGAGAUUCUUCAUGCAGAUACAGUCACAGCUUUAAUGCUUCGCCGUGUUUGUCUUGCACCCCGAGUUCCUGAUGAUAAUCCACAACGCCAUAACCUUUUUCACUCCAAGUGUAGGAUUGAUGGAAAGGUUUGCAAAUUUAUCAUUGACUCUGGGAGUAGUGAGAAUGUGAUCGCAGAGGAGGUUGUUACUAAACUACAUCUUCCAACAGAGCUUCAUCCUUGUCCAUACAAGUUAGCUUGGCUUGAUACAAAUACAGAUUUGUUAAUCACUCGCCGUGCGUUGAUUUCCUUCUCGGUGGGAGAUGUGUACAAAGAUCAAGUCCAAAUUCUACAUGAUGGCUUCAAGAACACUUAUAGUUUUCGGUUCCAAAACCGUAACUUUACUCUUCAACAUUCAGCACCAAAACUUCAAAUCUCUAAGGCAGCGCCGGUUCUGAUCCUUCAGCGUAAACAGUUUGAAGAGACAUUCCGACAGGAAGGAUUCAUGUUAGCACUUCUCAACACAAAUUCAUUGUCCUUAUCGCCAUCACUUCCAUCUGAGUUCUCCACUCUUCUUCAAGAAUUCAGCGAUGUAUUUCCCACUGAUUUACCAACCGGACUUCCACCUCUAUGCGACAUACAACAUCGUAUUGAUUUGGUUCCAGAUGCAGUUCUCCCAAACAGAGCCCACUAUCGCAUGAGUCCAACCGAACAUGAAGAACUGCGAAGUCAGGUCGAAGAACUCGUGGCUAAAGGAUUUCUACGUGAAAGCUUAAGUCUGUGUGCUGUCCCUGCUUUACUCAUUCUAAAAAAAGAUGGCUCGUGGCGUAUGUGUGUCGAUAGUCGCACCAUCAACAAAAUCACAGUCCGCUACCGUUUUUCCGUUCCACGUCUCGACGAUCUUCUUGACCAGAUUGGUACUGCUACCGUGUUCUCUAAACUCGAUCUCAAGAGCGGUUACCAUCAGGUUCGUAUCAGACCUGGUGAUGAAGGGAAGACAGCGUUUAAAACUCGUGAAGGACUUUUCGAGUGGCUUGUCAUGCCUUUUGGAUUGUCAAAUGCGCCUAGUACUUUUAUGCGCGUCAUGAAUCGGUCAUCACGUCCGUUCAUUGGCAAAUUCGUGGUUGUAUACUUUGACGAUAUUCUCAUCUUUAGUAUGACCAUGGCCGAACAUCUGGUUCAUCUCCGAGAAGUUCUCUUGUCGAAGCUAUCCGGUCUUGGCCGCGACCUACAACACUGUCUGAGGCCAGAAGCUUUCAUGGCUUAG